UGGGCUCUUUUGCUCCGCCCGGGUAGCGUUUGAAAAUACAAGCGAAGGGAGGAGACCGAUAUUCAGUUGGCUGCUAACCUAGUUAACUAAAUACAUUUUAUUUAUAUCUAUACCUCGUUUACUGUAGCUAGUUUAAAGUUUUAAGCUUUAGUGAUGUCAGAGGAGCUUGUGUGUUCAAAGCCGGAGGAGGUGAGAGACGCCGAGACUGAAAACGCCGUUGAAAUCAUCGUCAAACUGACCAGCGAAGACGCACUAAAUGAUCAUGAUCAUAAUGUCAACCAAGAGACAGAAAGAGAGACAGAGACUAUCUGUAAUGACAUCAGGCCAAACCACAAUCGGGUUUCUAAAGAGUUAUUUCAGACAGAAGAAGAAGAUGAUGGUGGUGAUGAUGAUGAUGAUGACGACGAUGACAGCGGCACCGAUUAUCUGAAUAGUGAUGAAAGACCCUGUACCCAUCUACAGCGAGCGGAGAGGCCAGGAAACGGAAAACUGCCGGACACCUUCCAGACAGAUCAUCUUCUGUACUAUGAGAGAUUCAAGGCUUAUCAAGAUUACAUGCUGGGUGACUGUAAAACAUCAGAAGUAGAAGCCUUCACUGCUGAGUACCUGGAGAAGAUAGUGGAGCCAUGUGAUUGGCAGGCCAUAUGGCAUACUGAUGUGUUUGACGUGCUGGUUGAAGUUGUUGACGUUGAUUGUAAGGAGCUAAAGGCAAAGGUGGAGCUGGUGCUACCAAUGGAGUGUGAGACCAGAAGCUGUGAUCUUACUGAAGAGUCCAUGAAGGCCCUGCUGGAAGCUACACUUCAUAAAGUACCUCUUCUGGAGCUCUCAGUUGUCUACGAUGAGUCAGGGGACUUUGAUCAGACGGCUUUGGCCCUGGAACACCUCAGGUUUUUUUAUAAGCAUAUCUGGAGGAAAUGGGAUGAGGAAGAUGAGGAUGAUGACUUUGAUUACUUUGUUCGGUGUGUCGAGCCUCGUCUUAGGCUUUACUAUGAUAUCUUGGAGGAUCGUGUUCCAGCUGGUCUUGUCGCUGAGUAUCACUCAGUGCUGGCGCUCUGCUCGGAGAAGUUUCAGGAGUUCUCCAGCCUGAGAAGUGACCUGAACAGUGACUCUGAGUCUGAGCAAGACAACGUGUCCAUGGUGGAAGGGCUGCGCAUGUACGAGCAGCUUGAAGCACUUAGGCGCAAGCUGCGUAUUAUUGAAAACCCACUGCUCAGGUACGUUCUGGGCUACAAGGUGAACUCUGGUCAGCAGUCAUGCAGGGCAAAGGGGCCACGUUCUGCCGGCGGCCGUGUGGUCCACUUGGUAUCUGCCUCGGCCACAGUUCACCAGCUUCAAAGCUUGAUAACUGACAAACUGAUGCCCCACUAUUCGAGUGAAGAGUUUGAAGUGCAGUUUCACAGUGACCCGGUGCUUGCAGUCAAUGCAUGCUAUGAGGGGGAUGUGGUCAUCAUAUGCCCGGGCCUUUACAGCAUCACCAGCUCCAUAAGUCUUGUCGACUCUAUCGAGGUUGAAGGAUACGGUCUGCCGGAUGAGGUGGUGAUUGAGAAGCGUAACAAGGGUGACUCUUUUGUGGAGUCAACGGGAGCAAACGUCAAACUCUCAAAUCUGAAGUUCAUACAGCGCGACGCCAUUGAAGGCAUCCUGUGUGUUCGCCAGGGGAAGCUGGAAAUGGAAAAUUGUGUGAUGCAGUGUGAGACCACAGGUGUGAUUGUGCGAUCGGCGGCCCAGCUCUUCAUGAACAUGUGUGACCUUUACGGCUCCAAGGGCGCCGGUGUGGAGAUCUACCCUGGGAGUGUAUGCAGUCUGGUGGGCAACGGCAUCCAUCACUGCAAGGAGGGGAUCCUGAUUAAGGAUUUUGCAGAUGAGUUGGACGUCAUGCCUAAAAUCACCAUGGUGAAUAACGUGAUCCACAACAAUCAGGGCUACGGCGUUAUCUUGGUCAAGCCAGGUGACGCUACCGUGGAGGAUCUGCCCGCAGAGCCCAAUGCCGCAGAUGAGAAAGAGGAAGAAUCUGAGGACACGGGAGUAAAACCAGAGGCUGAUAUGGAUGAGGAUGAUGAUGACAGUGAUGGUGAUGAUGUGCCCAUCAUUGUUGUGGAGGAAGACUGCCCAGCCAUCAAACAUAGCCGCUCCGUCCCUCCAGACUUCACUGAGGGAAAUGAUGCCAUCAAACAAGAGUUGGUUGCCACGUCAGCCAAGAAACAUGGGCUUCAGAAGAGCCGAAUGAAAGCACUAGGGGCCAUGCGGGCUGAUGAGAAUCUACUCUCACAGGAAAUGUUCAUUUCCAUUCAUGGAAAUCAAUUCAAGCACAAUGGAAAAGGCAGCUUUGGUACCUUCCUGUACUGAAGGCUUCUCUACGGCAGGCAUGCACAGACACACUUUACCGUUUAACUCUUUAUUCUGUACUACUUCAAUUUUGCUACAAGUUUACUUUGAGCUUUUCAUUCAUUUCAUUGUGUGAGUGAAAUGCAAAAUGAAUUAAACACAUGCUAAAAUGUGUAGGCUUUUAAAAAUGUCUCUUUUUAACCUGUGCCUUUUUGGAUUUAAUUUUUUGUUUAUCAAAGUUUUUAAAACUGAAACACGUGUACAUAUAAUAACACAAAAAGCAGCACCUUGGAAAUGUUCUGUUCACAAGAUCUCAUGUUUUAGAACAAACGUGUUCAUAGAAAUUUUUUUCUUUUUUCUUGAGUUCACACAGUUCAUGUUUUGUACUCACUCUAGUUUAAUGGCUACUAUUGUUACUAAUAAGUUCUAAAAAACAUUCCGUCUCUGAAAAAUAAAGGAAAAAAGCAGUAUUUUCUUUAUUAAUUCUCAAUAUUUUGUAGAAAUAAAGUUUUAUUGUUCCAAAUGGCAAA